UCGAGAUGAUCACGCAGCUCAUUCAUAGAACUUCUCCAUAUCGCGGCGCAGUGCAAUAUCAGACAUGGUGGCCUCUCGGAGCUUGCCAACUAUGUGACUUGUCGAGAUGGGCUGAAGAUAAUUAAUAUGGGGCGAUAUUCUCACAUUGUCGGGAGAGAAAGAGACAUGCAGCAGCUUAUGGAUUUUGUAACCACACUAUUCCCUGGGAGUUUGACUCAUCCCGAGUGGAGAACCCUUGUCGAUCUUCUCCUCUCAAAGACCAUGUGGGACCCACUUAGAGUUGAUUAUUAUUACGGUCCUAACUGGCUAGAAGUUGUCUUGCGGCACCCAAUUUUAUUGGGCACCGCCGAAGAAAAAUUGGAGUGCUUUGUAGCUAUCCACAUGGAUGUAACGCGUCUGGACAAUGCAGGGAAAGCUAGGUUCUCAAAUUGGAUUCACUAUCGCUACCCGGCAUUUAAAUGGUACUUCUUGCAUGACUUUGAUGAUGAACUAGAACGUGACCAUGAUAUCCGUUCGAGAGUUGUUCCCUGGAACCAACUCUACUACAAUCUCUUCACGUUCAUCCGCCCUGGAAGUAAUAAGCGACUCAAAGCAAACAGGGACUUUGCAGCUUUCAAGCAUGGAUCCCAGUUUAGAAAGAAUUUGUUCUUUGAGGAACCUAAUGAUGGGAGUUGGUCAGCUAACUAUGGUACAAGAUAUUGCUAUCUCAGUAUUAUUAGGUUGGUUAAGAACCUGAUAAACCAUGGAGGUGACUACGAUCAGGAAUUGCAUGAUAAGAACAAUAUGCUCAUAGAGAUCAGAACUCGAUUCCAACAUUUUAUGAGUGUUUGCUACACCGUCAUAAACAUGACGGAUGAUUGGAUUCAUGAUUGGACGACCGAUCCAUAUCCAUAGAUGAUGUGAGAUCAGGAAGAGGAAGUUGCUCGACCUCAACAACUGGAGGUUCUUUGAGUAUGGAUGUGAGAUCGACGGCAAUGUCUAGAGCCAUUGGGUUGGUCUCUUUGGUACUUAUGCAUCUUCGCUGAGUACCGCUCAUCAGCGCUGCGUCGCUUGUAUCGGCUCUAUGUGACCAUGUAUCGAACCUACACCUCUAGUUUCUGGCUUUAUUCUAGCGCUCAGUCGCAUGUGUUUUGGUCCCUCGGACCUUGUAUCUUUCAUUCGGAAUCUUGUGAUAACUUAAGGGCCUCAUUUUAA